GGCUGAGAGAGAGAGAGAGAGAGAGAGAGAGAGAGAGAGAGAGAGAGAGAGAGAGAGAGAGAGAGAGAGAGAGAGAGAGAGAGAGAGAGAGAGAGAGAGAGAGCGAGAGAGAGGGAGAGAGAGAGAGAGAGAGAGAGAGAGAGUUGUAUAGACGACCAUGAGUGGCUGACAUUAUUGAGGAUUAAGAGUUUCUGAUUGAAUUAAACGAUUAUUUUAGUGAAUAUAGACGUCAUUGUAACAUGUAAUAACAAUCAUCAUUUCAUAGCAGCGUCGCUGACAUCGACCUUGCUGUUUGUUACUGGACAGACAAGAAAAAGGACUAUAAAAUAUGGAACUACUGACACGGAGAGGAGGCCACUUUGCUCCCUGCACCCGGCCCAGACAGACAGACACUAGGACAGAUCCCUUUCGGCCUACCCUUAAACUGUGGCUUCAGCCGGAGCCUCCAUGGUGUCCCUGCCCACCCAGAGCUGGGAGAAGGAGAGGGGGGUGAUGGAGGGAGAGGAGGGGGACGAAGUGGAGGAAGAGGAGGAGGUAAAAGAAGAAAGGGUGGCGGAGGAGGAGAACAGUGGGGAGGCCUCCGUCGCCACCGACGACUCGGAACCGGAAUGGGAACCGGACCUCCAGUCGCGGGUCCGACGGAAGGUGUCCUUCGCGGACGCCUUCGGCCUGGACCUGGUGUCCGUCAAGGAGUUUGACGCCGCCCCCGACCUACCCCAGGCUCGGGUCGACGUCGACGGGCCCCCGAGCGGGAAGACCCCCGCCCCCGGGGGCCCGCCCCAGGCCCGGGCCGACAGCCACCUCUCCUGCCUGUUCUCGGUGCCCUCCAGCCCGGAGGAGCUCCGGCGGCGGCUGUGGGAGCAGAAGGUGGAGCUGGAGAGCAUCGAGCUGCUGCCCGGCACCUCCACCCUGCGCGGGGUGGUCCGGGUGGAGAACCUCUGCUACUGCAAGGCCGUGUACGUGCGGGUCACCCCCGACGGCUGGAGGAGCCACUUUGAGCUGCCGGCGGCAUACGUCCCGGGCUCCAGCGACCGCGAGACCGACCGCUUCACCUUCGUCUACGCCCUGGAGGCCCCGGUGCAGGGGGCGGCCGGCACCAGGAUGGAGUUCUGUCUGCGCUACGAGACCGAGAGGGCCACGUUCUGGGCCAACAACCGGGGGCUGAACUACGUCCUGUUCUGUCACCAGAAGGCCCACAGAGAGAUCCCUGGAAAUGAGAGGGAGACGGAGGAGUGCCACCUCCUGCAGCACCUCCACAAGCACCAGAGAGCUGGCCAGAGGAGCUGCCUCAAGGCUAACAGGAGGGGUGAUGCUGAAGACCAAACCUGUGAGGUCACUGACAAAGCAACAACUACAGUUUCAGAAGACCAAAUACCACAAAAAGCAGAGACGGCUGGCAGAAAGAAAACGGACACCACGGAGACACUCCAAGAGAACGACCUUCUGAUUGACAGAGUGCGAAGCAGACGCAAGGCCGCGCGACUGUCCCGCGUGAAAGACUCACUGCAGAACUCACAAGCCCCCCCCGCUGGUCCUCAUCAGAACCAUCACCACCCCACACCCGUUCUGGGAGCAACCUCAGACGGUUCCACCGUGGUACCUCCUCGCCCGAAACAGCCCGCCAAGGGCCCCAAGGCCUUACCCACUUACCACCAGAUACCUCUGCUGACCCUGGACUGGACGAGCGACAACCCACAGGUCUGGCCUACCAAGGAGAUGGAGGAACUCUGGAGGGGGGUAAAGACCCAGAACGUUGAGUCAACACCCUCAACGGAGGGGGGAACACCGUCCAAAGGUGAUCCGAAGAAGGCCUUCAUCGAUGCCAAAGUCGAAUGGCGCGCCGAGGAAGGUACGCCGUCCGUGUGUGACAUUUGGCAGAGCUUCAUCGACGGCGGCGAUCACAGCGAUCACUCCGGCGUUCCGGAAUCCGUGUGGUUGCAGAAGGCCACGUCGAUGUCCCCCUCGGAACAGCGAGUGGUGGACCCCGGAACGCCGAGCACACCGGCUGCAACCCUGUCGCCUCAAACGCCCCCGGACAUGCCCCACCGUACAACGACACCCUCCACCAUCUCCAAGGGGCUGCCGGUGUCGGAGUCACGCGCUGACGGUCCGGACCGGCACGCCAACUCCCAGGAGAGGCGGCCAGCAGCGCGGGCGUGGGUCGGAUCUCGUGACAUGACACUGAGGCCAGAGGGGAGCUCCGUGACGGAAACUCCUGAGGAAGAGGUGCCAAGCAGGGCAGGAACAGCCUCCACAACAGCUGAGGACGACAACGAAGGCUCAGAGGAUGGCUUAGGGACUCGGCAGCCCGAGCAUGUCCUGCCGGACACGGGAGGCACCGAAGGCGUAAGAGAACAAAAAGGAGGAGGAGGAGGAGGAGAUGGAGGAGUGAGAGAGCCGCUCAGAGACUCUACGGGCGACAGGAUAACGAGCUCUGGGGAGAGGGGGACAACAGAGAUGACAGCGGCGGCGGUGUCUCAGAAUGCCAGCGCCUGUGAUAGGAUCUCACGGGGAGCGGCGCCCGGCGAGGGUCUUUCUCAAAGCGGCGGGGAAGGGGAGGAAGAACAAGGGGUUAGCGGUAUCAUACGCAACUCGGAAUACGACUCGCUGGCAUUUAGGGAGGCAUUCAAAGGACAGGGGACAAAGGACCGCACGGGUUCGGUGUUGUCCCCAUUCAGACGAAGAGGAAGCGCAGGAGGAGGGAGCGCUGGAGGAGGAGGAGGUGAUGGAGGAGGAGGUGGAGGAGGAGAGGAGGAAGUGAGGCUCACAAUGCCCGACACAGAAGGAAAAGGAUAUACAGGGGAGGAGAUAUUUAGGCCACGGGACACGGUGAAUACUGAACGCUCCCAGAGGGAAGCGGGUGAUAAGGAUUGUGAGGGAUUCAGGCCAAAUAAAGAGAGCGGAACGGCAUUGAAACACAAAGGAACACAGCAUGGAGAAGCAGCGCCGCACACGGAUGCAUUUGAGGUGGAUGAGUCGAGGGCGCGUGAUACAAAAUCAACACAAAGCCACGUGAAUGCGAAGCCUUUAGACCAUGACAUGUCAGCACUCUGUGACACCAGAACAAACGGCACGUUCCACCGAAAAGAGGGAAAGGUGGUCGGUGUACAACAUGGAACGAGUAACGACGUUGCUUUGAGGCACAAGUGUGUUGAAGUGGAUCUCAACCGAGAGGUCAAAGAAGAUUCACCGCCAAACAAUGAAAACUCUCUCCAACCAGACUCAUUUGAAACAGAUCUGGGGAUGGAAGCCAAGGACCUCACAUUGUUGUAUUCGCAACCACCUGACCACCGGUUAGACCCGAUUACACAAGAUAAAGAGCAACGCAUUCCGUGUGAGAACCCAGGCAUGGAGGCGUUGACCAAGGACCUGAUCUCCACUGAACUGAGGCUAUCAACCUCAAGUCCAACAGAGGGAGGAGCUAGAGAGAACAACAACGCAAAACUCUCGCCCCUCAAACAGGAAUCGUGUGACACAAAAUCUACACAAUGCCAUGUGAAUGCGAAUGACAUGUCAUCGCUCUGUGACACCACGGCAGAGGACACGUUCGGGAGAAAAGGGAGAAAGGUGGACGGUGUACAACAUGGAACGAGUAACGACGGUACUUUGAGACAGAAGUGUGUUGAAGCGGAUCUCAACCGAGAGGUCAAAGAAGGAAGCGAUUCACCGCCAAACAAUGGAAACUCUCUCCAACCAGACUCAUUGGAAGCAGAUCUGAUGGAAGCGAAGCACCACACGUUGAUGUAUUCAGAAGCACCAGAAUACCGGUUAGACCCGAGGGAGAAAGAUAAAGAGCCACAAGUUCACAGUGCGGUGGAGAACUCAGUUCAGGAGGUGAUGACCAAGGAUCCGACCUCCGGUGAACCGGGGUCAUUAAGGUCAAGUCCAACAGAGGAAGGAGCUAGAGAGAACAGCGACGCAAAACUAUCAGCCCUCAAACAGGAGUCGGGUCGAGUGAUGGACACGGAUAACAUACCGAUGAAAUGCACACCAGUGCAAAUGCAAGGAGAGGUUUUGAGCGACAAGCCCUCAUUAAAUGGUCUUGAAGUUGAAACGGCUACAAAAAAAUAUGAGGGGGAAGGCCUAAAAAUCAAGCUCGUUCAGACGGACGAUCAUAAACCCGGCCCCUCAUACGCAUUAAAAACCAAAGGAACACAUCAUGGAGAAGCAGCGCCACAAACGGAUGCAUUUGAGGUGGAUGAGUCGAGGGCGCAUGAUACAAAAUCAACACAAAGCCACGUGAAUGCGAAGCCUUUAGACCAUGACAUGUCAGCACUCUGUGACACCACAGCAGAGGACACGUUCCAGAGAGAAGAGCGGAAGGUGGACGGUGUACAACAUGGAACGAGUAAUGACGGUGCUUUGAGGCAGAAGUCUGUCGAAGUGGAUCUUAACCAAGAGGUCAAAGAAGGAAGAGAUUCACCGCCAAACAAUGAAAACUCUCUCCUACCAGACUCAUUGGGAACAGAUCUGGGGAAGGAAACCAAGGACCUCACGUUGAUGUAUUCAGAAGCACCUGACCACCGGUUAGACCCGAUUGUGCAAGAUAAAGAGCAACACAUUCAGAGUGAGAGCCCAGGCAUGGAGGUGUUGACCAAGGACCUGAUCUCCACUGAACCAGAGCUAUCAACCUCAAGUAGAACAGAAAAAGGAGCUAGAGAGAAUAACAACACAAAACUAUCGCCCCUCAAACAGGAGUCGUGUGGGGUUAUAGACACAGAUAACACACUGAUAAAAUACACAUCAGUGCAAACACAGCCAGAGGUUUUGAGCGACAAACCAUCAUUAAAAGGUCUUGAAGAUGAAACAGGCACAGGAAGAGACGUUGGGGAUGGCGAAGGAAUCAAACAGUUUCAGACGGACGAUCACAGAACCGGCCCCUCACACGCAUCAAAACACAAAGGAACACAUCAUGGAGAAGCAGCGCCGCACACAGAUACAUUUGAGGUGGAUGAGUCGAGAGCGUGUGAUACAAAAUCAACACAAAGCCACGUGAAUGCGAAUGACAUGUCAUCGCUCUGUGACACCACAGCAGAGGACACGUUCCAGAGAAAAGGGAGAAAGGUGGACGGUGUACAACAUGGAACGAGUAACGACGGUGCUUUGAGGCAGAAGUGUGUUGAAGUGGAUCUUAACCAAGAGGUCAAAGAAGGAAGAGAUUCACCGCCAAACAAUGAAAACUCUCUCAAACCAGACUCAUUGGAAACAGAUCUGGGGAAGGAAACCAAGGACCUCACGUUGAUGUAUUCAGAAGCACCUGACCACCGGUUAGACCCGAUUGCGCAAGAUAAAGAGCAACGCAUUCAGGGUGAGAACCCAGGCCAGGGGGUGUUGACCAAGGACCUGAUCUCCAUUGAACCUGGGCUAUCAACCUCAAGUCCAACGGAGGAAGGAGCUAGAGAGAAUAACGACACAAAACUAUUGCCCCUCAAAAAGGAAUCGUGUGGGGUAAUAGACACAGAUAACACACUGAUAAAAUACACAUCAGUGCAAACACAAGGAGAGGUUUCUAGCGACAUCCCUUCAUUAAAAGGUCUUGAAGUUGACACGGCUACAAAAAGAGAUGAGGGGGAGGGCCUACAAAUCAAACUGUUUCAAUCUGUUUCAAACUGUUCCAAAGAAGGAAGAUAUUCACUGCCAAACAAUGAAAACUCUCUCCUACCAGACUCAUUGGAAACAGAUCUGGGGAAGGAAACCAAGGACCUCACGUUGAUGUAUUCAGAAGCACCUGACCACCGGUUAGACCCGAUUGCGCAAGAUAAAGAGCAACACAUUCAGAGUGAGAACCCAGGCCAGGGGGUGUUGACCAAGGACCUGAUCUCCACUGAACUGAGGCCAUCAACGUCAAGUUCAACAGAGGAAGGAGCUAGGGAGAAAAACGAAAUUAAACUAUCGCCCCUGAGACAGGAGUCUGUUGGAGUAAUGGACACAGAUAGCACACGGAUAAAAUGCACAUCAGCGGAAACACAAGGAGUUGUUCUGAGUGACAAGCCUUCAUUAAAAGGUCUUGAAGGUGAAACUGGUACGAGAAGAGACGAUCACCAACCCAGACACUCAAACGCAACGGACUCAAAGUGUAAGAAAUUGGCUGAUAUAUAUCUAAAGAGCGAGGAAAGGGACAAUCGCGCGGUCGGUGGCAUCACACCACCCGAUGACAUUUUCCAGGAGACGCCGGCGACGACGAGUGGCGUUCCGAGGGAUCCUCGACCACCACCUGAGACCUCGGAAGUUGACGUGGGGGACGGAGAUGGGGAGCGAGGGACGGAAGAGGGGCAAACGGAGGAUAUCACGGAGGGGAGUCAGACGGAGAAGGAUCAAACACCUGAGGAACGGAAGCGACGAAAGGUGUCGCUCCGAGCGGAUGGCCCUUCACCAGAGGAAUUCAAGGGGGGGAUAGAAGACGCUGUAAUCGCAGGGGAUAGAGUGUCGUUUGAGUGCAUGAUAGCGCCAGGUGAGGAGAUUGGCACUGUCGCAGGUGGAAUUGUUGAGGAGUCAGAUAAAGGAGUUUCAGAGGAGGUGUUAAAUUGGAAAGGUGUCAUGGGUGGCUCAGGAGACAUGAAGGGAGUAAGUGGUGGCGCAUCGCAAGGCGUCACGGCGGAGAAACAGAUCCCUGAUGUCUUUUCCGCCACGAAUUUGCCAGAAGAUUCAAAAUUGCCGGCAACUUCCUCUCAAGGCAUCAUGCAAGAUUUGGUCACUGACGAGGAUAGUGGUGACCUUGUUAACAUCGUAGACACAGUUGGUUUCAAUGAAUCACAGAGAGAUCUCAAUUCACAGGAUUAUUCCAAGCAACACCUUCACCAAAUAGCCAUCAUAGAAAAUAAUGAACCCCACAUGACACAGAGCCGACUGCCCGCAGCCAAAACAACACAUAUUUCCCAGUCCUCCGAUCCAACUCUGAACUUUAUGCCGAAGGACAAUGGAUUAAUCACUGAACAGCGUGUAUCACCACGGUUACGUCAGACCCAACAGCGCUCCAUGAAGAAGAAUCUGGAAACCGUCAACAAGGACGGGGCAGACUCUGACCAGGAGCCAUGUCACCAAUUAGACGAUCAAACAGUUGUGCAGCCAAAAAAGUUCAACCAAUCAACAGCUCAAUUUCAGGACAGAGUCAAUUCUUCCCCGCAGAAGAGAUGGUGUACCGCCUUUCGCGGCCCACGCGUGACAAUAACUUUGGUUUGCGCCAUUCUGUUCACAUUAUUCUUCCUUUAUGGGCCGCAUUUGGCUUAGCAGACAGAGUGGGAUGACUUGUAACCAGAAGGUUGCCAGUUCGAUCCCUAGUCCCUCCUAGCUGAGCGUCGAGGUGUCCCUGAGCAAGACACCUCACCCUGACCGCACCCGAUGAGCUGGCUGUCUCCUUGUCCGGCUGAAUCCGCCAUCGGUGGGUGAAUGUGUGCAUGAAUGGGUGAAUGUAAGGCGAUAUUGUAAAGCGCUUUGAGUGGCCACCGGUUGAAAAGCCCUCUAUGAAUGCAGUCCAUUUAUCAUUUAUGGUUUCCAAAAAUGCGCUGCUCUGUAUAUACUUUCCUUGUGCUUAUUUUUAUUUGUGCUUAUUGCUUUCAGUGGAGGAGGCAGGAUGCAUUGGGUUGAAAGGGAAUGUGUGACAGACUUAGGAGUGUCUGUUUCUUUGUGUGUGUGGCAUGUUAGAUUGACUGUUCACUUUAACCUGCACAGAGUAUAUUUUGUUGUUGACAGAUGAUUGUGCCAUUUUUUUAUUUCAAUGAAACCGUAUGAAAGAAAAUUUCCAUAGGUCUUUAUACAGGGGUUUCAAAAGUCUCAGUGCACGUUUUGCCUUGCUCAAAGUUUGUUCUAUAAAACUGGGUGGUCACAAGUAGUUAUCUUGCACAUGUAAAUCAAAUGUAUACAAUCCAUAGGCAUUGUAUGCAAUGCGAUUAUUUUUAGGUUGCGGCAGAUGUAUGCACGAGUGAAUUGGUUUUCAUUCAGUGAGAACCAGCUGAGCAAUACGAAAACAUAUUGAUAAUCAUUUCAUGUUGAGUAUUUGUUUUUGAUGUUGUGAUACAUGUAUGAUAGGUUUCCUUUUACGCGUCGAAUGUUUGCGAGUUGUCUGAGUGAUGUUUUGUAAAGCAAAGUUAAGUAGUGUGUUAUGAAAGUGCGUUAUGUAUUUGUUAUGGGUCCAAUAUAACAUCUGGUAACUCACCAAAAGGGAAAAGUGGCCAUGUAAUAUAUUGAGAUAAUGGUGUUUUUUGGUGCUGUUCUGGCUUUUCCUUUAUUAAAUGAGCACAACUCUCACAGACUGCA